GCUUGUCCGUCUCUCUCUGGGGCGCGGCACCCUUCUUUGUUCUUUGUAGAUGUGUCAUCCACACCUGACACCCUUCCUCUCUCUUUCUCUUCUAUUGUUACGAUGAUGACUGUUUUCUCGUCAAGUGCGAUAUUUCCCCUCCUCUCUUUGUUUCCUUCUACUUUUUUCUGGUAUCAUCGUCCGCCACUGUGCCCUUCGGCCCCUGUUGGCAUUCUUCCCCGGCUCGUGUGCCUCUUCUUUUUGUAUUGCUUUACGCACAACCGCCGUGAUCGCUGUGCUUCUCGUCUCUGUUCUUCUCCUUCUUUCCACUCCGCCACGAAUGCCGCGAAUGUGCUUCUUUCUUCAUUUUCCUUUUACCCCCUUUGAGUGAACGUCCUCUGUGGCCCAUGUGUGUGCGCGUGUGGGUACACGAUCGGCAUCAGAGGUGUUUGUAGUCGCUGCACCGGCCUAUUUCAUGGUCCUAUCUUUUCUAUUAUUUUAUUUUACUCCUUCCUCCCCUCUCCCUCCCCCUCCGCUGUACGUUCAAAGAAUUCGUUGUCUCGUCAUUUCAGCUUGUCGGAGUAUUACACCAUGCCGCUGCUCCUCUGUCCCGGCCGAGGAGGCUCUGGCGCACACCGUAUCUCACCGCCACGGUUUGUGUUGCCGUCGUCGCCGGCGUGGGUGAGAAAGCAAUGCGGACAGCGAGAAUUGUUAAGUUUUCUAGCGUGCCGGUUCGUAUCUGUUUGCGCGUGUGUGGCUGUGCGGCAGAAAAUGUGCGGUGCCGGUGGUGUGUGUGUUUGUGUGUGCAGAAGAUCCUUCGACGCCUUUCCGAGUGCGCGCACAUCAGCGGGGCCGCGGUGGAGGACGAUGGUGUCGAGUGGGCGGGGAGGUCCUUCAAUGUAAAUACAGUUAAAAUAUAUAUAUAACCUCCAGUGCACUAGUAUUUGAACUUCGUAGAGUGUGUGAAGACAGCAGCGGGUGUGCACUGGCAUUGGUGUAGACGCGUGGGUGCCACCGCGGCAAGAAGGGCAUUUUCGCUGAGUUCCUGAUGAAACGCCAGGUGUUUGUAUUUCUCUCUUUCUCUGACCACCGCCGCUGUGGGGGCGGAGAGCGGUGCAUGGCCUUUUGGGGCGUCUCGGUGGCGGUGGCUCUUUCAUUAUCUUCUUCUUCUUCGGAUGUUUCGCAUCGACGUCAGUGCGAGUGCGUGAAAUAAACUCAGCGUGGUUUUACUCCCCUCCUCUCUCUUCCGUGUGCGCUCAUCGACUUCUUGCCGACAACGCAGUGCUUUUUUGGUGCGCAGAAGCACCGGCGUUUCUCUCCUGACGAUGAGGUAGAACCUUUGCUUUUUUUUGAACUGAAAAGUGGAGUGAAGAACGCGAGACCUGUUGUGCCUUCUGGGAGCUGCUUCGAUGGGCAUGUGGCACGGAAGCGUUGCGUACGUCGACGACAACGGCCGCUGCCGCAGCUUCGCAGAUGGAAUGGAAAUGCGGUCUGCCGGCGAUGCGGCUCGGACUUCAGAAGGGCCACCUCGCCACUUAUUUUUUCCGUUCUGCUCUCUUCGUCGAGAAACGGCGGUUAUGUCUUCUCGGAUGGGGCACCGCCCGACGGUGAAGAGGCGCUGCUGCGCGUUGCAGUGGUCCCUCGCCGGCCAGUCCGCCCACCACUUCUUCCUCCACACGACGUACACCGCCUUUACCUCUCGCUUUCACCUUCUUCUGUGCUUCACCUCGUUCUGCAGCCGCACCACAUCCGCUGCGUGCAUGUUCAAAGGUCUCUCAUUUCACACCGGUGUCGAGGGCAGAGCCGCACGACGCCUCGCCACAGUCGCGGAGAGCGCGCGCCGCAGCAAACAGCGCCACCUACGCGAAACCGCACGUGAGUCCACGCUGCGGCUCAACCGCCUGCGUGCGGGACAACAGAGCCUACAUCGUCCCAGUCCGCGACGUUCUCGCGCGGGCGUGGCCUCCGCCGCGAUGCAAGCGAGCUGGACGGCGACACAGGCCGAGGCGCUGGCGGAGGAGGACGCCGCAUGGAGCGCACGCGACCCGAUGCAGCCGUUUCAGCCCGACGGCACACGCACCGACGCCUUCUCCCGUCCGUUCUCCUCCGCCUCGCUUCUCCACUACGGCGCCGUCGACGCGGAGACGGGCAACAGUAUCGUGCAGCAAAGUUUCGAUGCAUUGGUCUACCGCGCCGUUCUGCACUACGGUCCUCCGCUGCCGGUGGAGGUGGUGCUGCAGAACAACGUCGUGUCCGCCGCGUCGAUGUCGCCGGCGCAGCAACGAGCGCAAUUUCGCGAGACGCAGGACGGCGGUGGAGCCGGAGGGGCGGACGACCCAAAUGCCGUGUACAUGGACGAGGUGGGACUGCGAAUGCACGAGUUCAUGACCAUCUUGCGGAAGGAGCAGCCGCACUUCAGCGUGCGUGACGACUGCGACGGGGUGCCGCUGUCGUUGAUGGUGCGUAACUGCUCCUACCUGCGCGCCUACGGAGGGAAGGUGAACUACAUGCGCUUCGUGCGUCGGCUCCCUCGUGGGCAGGGUGGGGACAUGGGAAGGGAAACGACGGAGGACACCGGAGAAGAGGAUGCGGCGAGCGGCACGAUGGUGGUGUCGUUAGGGAGAUACAAGAUGCGAGAGAUGCCGUCGCAGGAUGGCAUCCGGCAGGGCCCGCAGCCUUGGCGCUACUCGUACCGCACACUGUGA